AUGAGCUCUUCAACGCCACUCCCCGAGCCCACUCACCGCAAACGCGAGCUCCCCCAGAGUGAACUCGAAGCUACCUCACAGCUCAAGCUCGGCGAAUUCCAGCAUGUGCCGACCCUAUCUCUGUCCGAAGCCCGAUUAGUUAUUAACAAGGUGCUCGACCUGCGAAGAAAGGGAGACAACAAGUUUGAAGAGCGGGAAACCCUUGUCAAAACACAAGACUACCUCGAAGUAUUUGCCAGAUUCAAGGAGAAAGAGAAUAUUGAGGCUGUUGAACGCCUCCUGUCAGCACAUACGGAACUGGAGUUUUUUGAGCGGUCACAGCUAGGGAGCUUGUGCUGUGAUAACGCUGAGGAAGCUAAAUCUCUUAUCCCAAGUAUUGGAAACAAGAUCUCAGAUGCCGACCUGCAGGAACUCCUGGAUGAGCUCACCAAACUAAGGAACUUCGUAGAGUGA